GAUGUGGUGGUAGAUGAAACCUUUCCCCUACCUCACACCCCACCCUCUGCAGCCCUGGUCCCCACCCCUAGAAGAUAGUGGAACUGAGAAGAGGCCUGUGGACAGAAAAGUCAUGUCUGACUCCCUGGUGGUGUGUGAGGUGGACCCAGAGCUAAAGGAAAAGCUGAGGAAAUUCCGCUUCCGAAAAGAGACGGACAAUGCAGCCAUAAUAAUGAAGGUGGACAAAGACCGGCAGAUGGUGGUGCUGGAGGAAGAAUUUCAGAACAUUUCUCCAGAGGAACUAAAAACAGAGUUGCCAGAGAGACAGCCCAGAUUCGUGGUUUACAGCUACAAGUAUGUGCAUGAGGAUGGCCGAGUGUCCUACCCCUUAUGUUUCAUCUUCUCCAGCCCUGUGGGCUGUAAGCCCGAGCAACAGAUGAUGUAUGCAGGGAGCAAAAACCGGCUGGUACAGACAGCAGAGCUCACAAAGGUGUUUGAAAUCCGCACCACUGAUGACCUCACUGAGGCCUGGCUCCAAGAGAAGUUGUCUUUCUUUCGUUGACCUCUGGGCUGGGGACCUGCAUUCCUGAUGUCUGAGUCUCCAAAGGAAUUGGGGACUCAGACUCCUUCGACCUGAACGUCUGAGACCCUAAAGAAAUUAAAAUACAAGAACUCAGAUAUCCUCA